AUGGCCAGCCAGCAGGCGCGCGUCUCAGCCGUCGUGGCUGAGAUGGAGGCGCUUCAGUCGCGCAUAGCGGCCGCCCCAACCCGUGACGAAGCUCUGGACCUCGCUAUCAAAGCUGCCGAGUUGUGCAUGCAGGCGCUGAAAAUUGCUACUGACAAACGCCAGAAAGCAGAUCUGAGCUCGCAGUGCCAAACCCUACUCACUGAAGCUGAGCGCAUCAAGAAGUCGCCCGAAUGGCCAGCAGCGCACCUUCCGAAUAUCUCAUCGCUCAGUUUGGAUUCCACUCCGUCACAGACUGCUAGGACCGCAUCGCCCCUCAACUCGUCACCUCAGAAAUACCCGAAAUUGAAGCCGGAACCUAUUUCCGAUCGAGUCCUCCCUACGGCCGAGCAAAUCCUACUGCUGAAGAGCUCCAAGAUCAAUGGCGCGACUUUCCCUCCGUGGAAAGACAACCCUACAGCAGCUGAUUUCAUCCUGAAGCCAGGCGAGCCCGCAUUCGUCGACGACGCUGAACUCCGUCUUUCCUCAGCUCAGCUAGAGUCUUUCGAUGGCUGGAAGCGUGCCAAGGAUGCUUUGCCACCUCCAGCCUGGGCAACCAGCGGUACUGCCAAGACCGGACCCACGAUGAUCACGGAGAAUCGUAAUGACCUGGUGCAGGAUGCCGCGACUGACUGCUCGGUCGUCGCCAGUCUCCUAGCCGGCACCGCCAGGGUCGAGCGUGGCAAUGACAAGCUCCUUUCUAACUUCCUCUGGCCUUACGACUACGCCAAUGGCGUGCCACUUCUCUCAGAGAACGGCAAGUACGUUUUUCGCAUGAACUUCAACGGUUGCUGGCGGAAGGUAGUUGUAGACGAUCGUUUGCCCGUGUCAAAAACUACGCGCAUGCUUCACGUCCUCGAUCGCCAAAACCCUUCGCUUUUGUGGCCUGCGCUUCUGGAGAAGGCCUAUCUCAAGGUCCGUGGAGGAUAUGAUUUUCCGGGCAGCUCUUCCUGCACUGACCUCUGGGCUCUUUCCGGCUGGAUCCCUGAGCAGAUCUACCUUCCUGAAGCUGAUAUUAUACCCAACGAGCUGUGGGCCCGACUUUUCAACUCUUUCGGAUAUGGAGACAUUUUGAUGACCGUUGGUACUGGGAACAUGAGCCGGCGGGCUGAAAAGGAGUUGGGACUUGAAAGUCAACAUGAUUACGCCGUACUCGACCUAAAGGAGAAAAACGGCGAAAAGAAGCUUCUUCUCAAGAAUCCUUGGGCUGAAGGAACUGGAUGGCGGAGUGCGCGUCGGCCAUCGUAUGCGACUGAGGAUGAUGCUCCGGGACCCUCGAUCGACCCGGAUGAGCAGAAUCUCGCGCCAGGUACUUUCUGGAUCAGUCUCGAGCAAGUCUUCCAGAACUUUGAAAAUGUGUAUGUGAACUGGAACCCAGCCCUGUUUAGCUACAGGCAGGAUAUCCAUUUCCAAUGGAACCUGGCUUCUUCCCGCCAUGUUCCAGGCUGUUUCAUCGACAAUCCCCAAUUCUCUCUGAAGGUCGAAGGCGGCGAGCCAGUCUGGCUUCUACUUUCUCGACACUUCAAAGAUACCGAAGUCGACAGUAGGAACGGAAGCGGACCACCUCAAAGGAGUGCAACAGCAACUCCUGGUGUCAACUCUGGUGCAGACAGUGGGUACUUUUCUCGCGUGUCCCCGGAAACGAGUCAGACGAGGUCGGAAUCCUCCAUUCAUGGUGACCUUGCUCAUGGCUAUAUCAGCCUGUACAUCUUCGAUGAGGGUGGCAACCGUGUCUACACUAGCACGGAUGCACUUGAGAGCGAUCCAUUCGUGAGCAGCCCGCAGAUGCUCCUCAAAUGGAAGAAUCCCUCCAAGGCAACGUAUACCGUGGUAGUCGAGCAGAUGGAGCUCCCGGCCGACACAUACACUUUCACCCUGUCCGCAUUUUCUCCCAAGCGCGUGCACCUUGACCACGCCAGAGAGAAACACGCUUGCAGCUCGAAGCGGAAGUCGGCGUGGAGCAAGAGCACCAGCGGCGGCAACCUGCAAAGUCCAGAGUUCAGCAAGAACCCGCAAUUCAAGCUCUAUGUGACACAGGCAACGUCUCUGGCUGUGCUGCUGCAGGUACCCGACGAGGAUAUCAAAGCCAACGUGGUCGUUCUGCACGGCAAGGGCAAGAGGGUGCACGCUGUCAAAAACCGCGACAUAGUGGUCAGCUCAGGGCUAUACAAGAAACACUGCGCCUUCGCGGAGAUUCAAAACUUAGACGCAGGCGUGUACACGAUUGCUUGCUCUACGUUUGAGGGUGGACAGGAAGCAAGCUUUGACCUCCGGGUGGAUAGCGAUGUUCGUUGCGAGCUGACACCAAUCCUUCAAGAAGGAGCUGGGAUGGUGUCGAUGCAGUUGGCGCAGGCGUGCUUCAACCCCACAGGCAACCGAAUCGCAGCGCCGGUGGUACCGCGGAAGCUCGUUCGCGUGAAGAUUGUUGCGAGGUUCACGCGGGCCUUUGGCACUCACGACGCUGCCGGGUUCCAGGCACGGACGCGCAGCCCACUUCGGGUAACGCUAGAGAUCGGACGCGGACCAGAUCGCCGGAUUCUGAUCUCUAGCUCGGGCGGCGAAUACAGCGACGCAGAGGGUGGUGUUCGCACCGAGGAGGUGGAUCUCAGGCCAGACAUGCUGCUCCAGGGCGACAUGUGGCUUGUCCUGGACAGGCUGAGCGGACCGACUACGGGAUACUCGGAAUGCUACGCGGUCGAGCUGUUUUGCGACAGCACGAACGGAGCCACGGUGGGCGUAUGGCGGGGCUGGGAUGCGUGA